AUAAACUCCCACCUAUUUUAUCCAUUUUCUCUCACUACAAAAACCUUUUAAUUAAUAACCCUUCUCCCCCUAAAAAAAGCCAACAAUUAAAAUGUCUUCCUCAAGUCUACACAACCCCAAGCUGAGUUUAACUCUUCUCUUCCGAUUAUUUCUCUUAUUAUUAUCAUUCUCCAAUCCCACACUUUCAAUUCCCAACAAUUCUUCAUCAGUCUACGAAAUCUUACCCAAAUACGGCCUCCCAAGUGGGCUGCUACCCAGUUCAGUCACCAGCUACUCACUCUCCGACGACGGCCGAUUCGUCGUCGUUCUGGAGAAUCCGUGUUAUAUUCGGUUCGAAUACUUGAUUUAUUACGAUAAAGAAAUUACGGGGGAAUUAAACAUGGGGUCGAUCACGAAUUUAAAAGGGAUUCAAGUUCAAAGAUUCUUUUUGUGGUUUGAUGUUGAUGCAAUUAAGGUUGAUUUGCCGCCUUCUGAUUCUAUUUAUUUCAAGGUUGGUAUUAUUAAUAAGAAGCUUGAUGUUGAUCAGUUUGAAACGGUUCAUUCUUGUGGUGAAUCUUCGGAUCGGUUUCUCAAGCUGCCAAUUGCCAAUGAUAAUGUUGAGAUGCUUAUUACUGAGUAGAGACAACCCAAAAGAAAUGAAUAGCAUUCUGUUAAUGUUAAAGAGUGAUCUGUGAGUUUGUCAUCUUAAUGUUCUCCCCCUCUCUUAUAGCUUAAAUAGUAUCACUCCUUUGUAUGUUGAAAUUACUGCUUUUUCUGUAUUUAAAUAAAAUAUUAAUUUUUUAUUA